CAGAGGUAAAUUGCUAUUUUAAUUAAAGCAAUGCACCAGAGGAAAUUGCUGUCUGAAUAUUGUAUCAGAGAUGGGGUUUGUGACAGUUGCCUGGAAACUUCAAUCUGUCCCACAUUUAUCCCAGAUCACAGUUAUGAGAUAAAGUUUAAUACAAAUCUUUACCAGAAUGAAAUCCAACCCUUUCUUGAACAACAUCUACAAUGAGACAGAACUGCGGAGGAAACCUUAUGUUUAACAUGUAUCUCUCAGAUCCAACAGAAAAUCUGUUGAAAGAAAGCAAAAGUGGAUCCUGGAGUCCCAUAAAUACAGGAGUGCAAAAAGGUAGUGGACAGAUUCAGCUAUGGCAGUUUCUCCUCGAACUCUUGUCAGACAGCGCAAACAUGUCCUGCAUCACCUGGGAAGGGACAAACGGAGAAUUCAAGCUAAUUGACCCAGAUGAGGUGGCCCGGCGAUGGGGCGACCGCAAAAGCAAGCCCAACAUGAACUAUGACAAACUCAGCCGUGCACUGCGUUACUACUAUGACAAAAACAUAAUGACAAAGGUCCAUGGGAAGAGAUAUGCUUAUAAGUUCGACUUUCACGGCUUGGCCCAGGUGUGUCAACCGUCAACAACCGAGCAAGCUCUUUAUACAUUCCAGAGUAAUUUUGCCCCCAUUCCUUUUUCAGGGAUUUCCAAGCUAAGCCUUGUUGGUCCAGGCGUUGGUCCGUCCGGAUUCUCCUAUUGGCCGGGGUCGCCACACACUCUCUACCACAAUCACAACCUCCAACCCCCGGGACCGUUUGGUGCUGUGUCUGUGUCUGCUUCGCACAUCAACUGUGUCAACAACAUCAACAACCUGAAUAAUAUCAAUAACCACUACAAUUGACUACUAUUAAUCCACCAAUGAAGUGGUCUAAAAAGGCCUAAUCAUAAUUCACGAUGAUUGAUGUAGUCUGAGGCUUCCCUUUCGAAAUGUUAUCUUGUGAACCCAACACAUUGUCUAAUCCUAACUGAAUAUGCCAAGGCGCAAUUCAUUAAACAUUUUGUGGAAUGUUUCAAAUGUAAUAACAUGCGUUUUCAGAUAGGCUUUGUAUUUCAGACUAAAUCCAGAUUAAUAAUUUUUUUCUUGCCAAUUCUUUUUGUCAUUGAUUCGACAGGACACUGGUGUCUACACCUCUGAGAAUGUAUGGGCUUUUAGCGCCAUCAUGUGGCUAUUUAUUAAACAUAUAAAUACUGAAUUCAUCUCAAGUAGGCUUGCAGUGCACUAAUUUUAAAGUAGGAUUAUCAGCUCCAAUCUAAAAACAUUAUGGGGAUAAAGAUAUGUUGUCGCCAAUAUAUUCCCUGAUGACGCCCACUUUAAAUAGCCUUCGUUAUUUUAAAGGUCCAAUGCAGCCGUUUUUAUCUCAUUAUCAAAUCAUUUUUGGGUAACAAUUAAGAACCUUA